GCAGUUGGUUGUACGAUUUAUUUGUCGAAAUGGAACGUUACCAGUUUGUGAUUUUUGGAUGCAUUCUGAUUGCCAAUAUAGUUGCUGCUCAGUAUCAACAUCAUCACCACCAUCAUCAGCACGGAGGCGGAGGAUACUUUCCGCACCAUCACCAUCAUGGCUGGCCGCACCAUCACGAUUGGCACCAUGGAAGACAUCAUCAUGGGCCGCAUCACUCGUUUCUCAAUUUUGAAGUUCGUGAACCCAAAGGAUUGGAAAUUUCCAUGAUCCAGAAAGGACCUUCCGAAACCUUUUUUGGAAUUGAGUUGUACGUUGAUCAAAACCCUGAAGAUGCGAAUGCAUCCUGUGAUGUUUGUUACAAUACCACUGAAGUGAUAAAUAAAAAAUUCAUUAUUGUUGAUCCUACGGUCGUAAUUAGAAAAGGAGAUGUUUUAAGCUACUAUAUGUUAUCAGGAAAUGAAACUAAUGUCUUCCGGCAUCAUUUGCAAAAACUAUUGGUUACAGAUUCCAUCAUAAACAAGUGUAAUUGUGAGCCUGCCGCCGAAAAUCCUGACAUUGAUGUUCGCAUAUCCGAUACGAACCCAGCUAGUCCACCAGUUGAGUCCACAACGGAACAUUCAGUUGAAUUUGCAGAAGUUGAAAAAACUCAUCAUAAUGGUGUUGAUUCGUCGGAAGAAGCGCAAUUCGAAUGUGAUCUUGAUCCUGCGACUAAUUUGUGUAGAACAUCAAAGGUGGAACGUAAAACCCUGCCUCAACAUCCGAGUGCUCUGCAGCGGGAGGUGCAAGUAUUGUCCGAGAUCAUAAAUCACAUGAAAACGCAGGGUUGCACUGCCAAGUUGAGUAGUAAUAAAUUACUACUGAAACAGGCGCCACUUCAGGUCAGCGAAAUCGACGAGAUGUUGAACUUUGUGCAAUCUUAUCUGUCAGUCAAUCCCGAACUACAGCAGCUGGGAAGUGAAAUUCUUCGCGUAAUGCCGGCCGGACCUGCCAUCGGGCGGGGAGUGAUCUUUGAGAUGCGCAAUUACGUUGCCAAACAGAAGGUGCUGUAUUACGCUAGAGUCAACAACCUAAGGCAUGUAGUGGAUUAUGAGGUCGCAGGUGGUAGUUUUUAAGGCAAAGCAACUUUGGAUAGGAUCGCAGGGCAACACUUUAAAACGAGUCCAGGUCAAAAAAUAGUGCAGCGGGCCUUUUUCUUCGAGGAGCUGAUUGACUUACUUACUCUACCCUAUGUGUAAUAAAAAACGGAAAUAAAAUUAUU